GUGUGUGUGUGUGUGUGUGUGUGUGUGUGUGCGCGCGCGUGUACAGAAUCCUCAAGGGCGGCGCGAGCAUCGCCAGCAGCGACUGAGCCCGCCCUCCGCACAUUCUCACGCCCAACGCCCGCUUCCAAGGAGCUGGGGCACCGCGGUUAAAGCAGGGAGUGGUUACGGACGGGCCUGGAGGACUCACCAGUUUAAAACACCUAGCUAGGGGCUGCAGGGCUCCGUCAGCAAACAUAACUGGAGGGGAUGAGGGCGAAGAGGUAAAACAGGCCAGGACAGAGUGGAGGAGACACAGGACAGGAAACGACGUAAAGCACCCUCACCUCCACAUCGCCUCUUCCUCCAGCCCCGUACAAAGCAUGCGCCUCGGCGGCCAUCGCUUAGGGCCCUGUCUUCCCAGAGUUCCCUGCAGUCGGGGCUGUUUCGGCCUCGGAGCUCCCAGGAGCCACCGCCCUCUUCUUGCUGCUGCUGCUGCCGCCGCCGCUGCUCCUCCUCCAGCCCUCACUCCCCCUGGGCCUCCUCCCUCUGCUCCUCCCCCUCCCGCUGCUGCUGCUCCUCCUCCUCCUCCUCUCUCCUCUCCUCCUCCUCCUCCUCUUCUCCUCCUUCUCUAGAGCCACUGAGUGAGGAUCCGCCGCCGCAGCCUUUACCGUCCCGGGAACCAUGGCUUCUGGAGUAACUGUGAAUGAUGAAGUAAUCAAAGUUUUUAAUGACAUGAAAGUAAGGAAAUCUUCUACACAAGAGGAGAUCAAAAAAAGAAAGAAAGCAGUUCUCUUCUGUUUAAGUGAUGACAAAAAGCAAAUCAUUGUAGAGGAAGCAAAGCAGAUCUUGGUGGGUGACAUUGGUGAUACUGUAGAGGACCCCUACACAUCUUUUGUGAAGUUGCUACCUCUGAAUGAUUGCCGAUAUGCUUUGUAUGAUGCCACAUACGAGACAAAAGAGUCUAAGAAAGAAGACCUAGUUUUUAUAUUCUGGGCUCCUGAAUGUGCACCUUUAAAAAGCAAGAUGAUUUAUGCUAGUUCUAAAGAUGCCAUUAAAAAGAAAUUUACAGGUAUUAAACACGAGUGGCAAGUAAAUGGCUUGGAUGAUAUUAAGGAUCGUUCAACGCUUGGAGAGAAAUUGGGAGGCAAUGUAGUAGUUUCACUUGAAGGAAGACCUUUAUAAAAUGACAGUGAAGUGCCAUCCGGAAGUAGCUUCCAUUUCUGCAGCUCCAUCAGUUGGAAUAGUGUUAGGUUUUUGUCCCUUACCAUACCUUCCCAGAAAACAAAGAAGUCCGUAAUUUAAGCAGCCUACCAGUGAUUGCCAUUAGACUGUUUCAUCCUGGUAGUUAUAUGUAGAACCCAAGGAAUGCCUUCACGUUACAUUUUAGCCAAAACAAAUGGCAUUAUAUGCAUCCCUUGCAGAACUAAGAUGAAUAUGAUAGUCACUAUGAAUAGCUUAGAAAACUGCAAAGGGUUAAAGCUAAUUGAAUGCCUUGAAAGUUUGAUCCACUGGUCAGAUGCUAAACUUCAUUCAGUAUUACUUAGAGUUGCACUUGAUUGCAGUUUCUGAAGUUCUUGUGCUUUGUACACCUAACCUGCCUUUAGCACGCCUAUUGUGACAUGGCAGCGCAUAUAUAUAUGUAUAUGUGUAUAUAUACAUAUAUAGACACAUAUGUAUACACAUAUAUGUGUGUAUAUAUAUUUAUGUGUGUAACUAUGCAUUGAAAGCACUUUUAUGUAAUAAGGUUGUCCCCUUCAAAAAGGAAUGCCAAUUAAGUUGUCAUAAACUGUCAUCAAAUUAUUAUAGUACCUAUAGUACCUCGGUGUUCAUUCCUGUUAUCUACAUAUCUUAAAUGAAGUAGUUAUUAAUGCCUUUAUAUUUUCCAUUGAAUGUACACACUACAGGAGUAGGAGUUAAGUGUUUACCAUGUGAGUCUUGCAGCACUAAAGAUAUUUUGAAUAAUGUUAUAAUGGCAAUUUCUGUAUGAAAAGAGCCUUAAAUGGAACAUUGUUUUUGAGAACAAAUUCCCCACCCCCACAAAAUUGGCCACGUUGCAAUAAAACUUGUGGCUUAUUACAGAAUGUUGCCUUGUUUUCCUUGGAAAUACAGUUAAGUAUGCUUCUGUUAAGCAUAUUUUGAAAAAUGUUGUGUGGAAAGUAUUGUAAAGGUAAACAGUUGUUCAUUUCAACACAGCUAAUUUGAGAUUUUUCUGUAUAGAUGUCAUAACUUUCAUGACUACUAUACAGGUUUUGGUUUGAUUGGAAAUUCUGCUUUUAGCAUAUAGACACUAAAUUAACAAGUACCACUGUUAUGUAACAAUAAUUCUAUUAUAAUUCCAGAUUUUUAAAUUUGAAAAUCAGAAAUCACUUUUUAUACUUUCACAUAAAUUCUUAUCUAAUUUUUUUGUUAAAAUACAGUAGCUACAUGUUUUGUUUUAUAUAUAUAUAUAUAUAUAUAUAUAUAUUUCAAGACAGUUGUGUAGUACUGAGCAGUCUUUGUUUUCCUUUGUUGUGAGGGACAGAGCUUGUGAAAACAGUCUUUCUCAAAAGAGUGUAAUAUUACUCCUUAGGUACAGGGAUUCUUUUAUGAGCUGUUACUAAAUUCUGAAAAUUAAAUGAAAAAAAUUUUGAUAACCAAGUUUUAACAUUAGGAAAGGGAUUUGGAAGAGUUCCAAAGGCUGCUCCUUAUAGAGAAUUUGAUCUGCCCUGUGUGAGCAGUUCACUGUUAGCCAGAGCUAUUUAUGGCAAACACAUGCUUUUGUAUCUUGUCAUAGUUAUCCACAAAUGGCAAAACUGGACAUGAUUCUGCUGGGAUGCAAAAAGGCAUGCUAAUUGUGGGUUGAAACAUAGCUAUAAAGGAUACUUUUUAUGAGGAAGAAGCUGAACAAUACAAAUAAACAUUUUUUAUUUUUACAAAUAAUGCAUAAGCACAACUGAUGCUUGAAUUUAAUUAGAUACUUUUUUUCCAUAUUUUGAGACUUUUCAGAAGAAAACUAUAGGUUAAUUCUCAGACAAGAAGACAUCAAUUUUAAAUUAUACGAAUGACUUGGGACUUUGUACAAAAGUACAAAAGAUUUUAUUUCAGGCUUCCAGCUGUUCCUGUGAAUUACUCUGGUCAUUUUAAUGCCUUUUUGGCAAGGCCAAACUCUCCUAAGCACAGCAUCUCAGUACUGAUACACUUAAAUUAUAUAGCUGUUACUGUUAACAUGAAGCUUUUCUUUCAGUUUUUCCCUCUUUUUGCUUCAAAAUAAGUUCUGUAACAAAAUACGACUUUAUGUCUGCUUCUUAAAAUUGACUGAUCUAUCACUAGAAUUAUAUGUAUGGGCUAGAUAAUUUCAGCUUAUUUUUGCUUUAUGCUGUUAGGUGAUUAAUUUGUUACAAACCAAGAAAACUUGACAUGUUGAGAACAUGUUAAACUCAUUUCACUCAUGAAAUAGAUAUUUGUAUAUGAUAUAUGAAGCAGUUGAAAUGUGCUUAUAUAAGAUUCAGCAUUAAAAAUAACUUACAGAUCAAA